AUGAAUAAAAUAAGAUAAACUCCUCGUUCUCGUAGAUUGUCAGCCUAUUAAGAAAAGGAUUAUAUAAUACCUAAACUAUUUUUGAGUGUUGAUUUGUAUUAAAAAUAAUAACAUUCUGUAAGGAUAGUUUAAAAUUAAGAGAUCAACAACCUCACAUUUCUCCGUAGAAACAAUAACUAUUAAACUACAAAAAGAAGCAUUCAAUCUGAAAUACAAUUAGAAGGAACUGAAGAAAGCAAUAAAGUUUAUGAGGUUAAAAUAUAAGUCAAAUUUGUAAAGCAUAAAUAAAAAUUGGAUAGGCAAUUAAAAUAAGACUGUGUUGAUGAUUAUAAAUUAGUAAUAUUUCCAAAAAAUCCCAUUCAAUAAACUAAUGAUGAAGUUGAAUUGAGUAGAAAACUAUAAAAACUAAUUGCAACAAUUAAAAAAUGA